CGUCGAUCACGCACGAAUUUCACGCUGGAGCAGCUGAACGAACUGGAGAGGCUGUUCGACGAGACGCACUACCCGGAUGCCUUCAUGCGCGAAGAGCUCUCUCAGAGGCUAGGACUCUCCGAGGCCAGGGUGCAGGUGUGGUUCCAAAAUCGGAGAGCCAAGUGCCGAAAACACGAGAGCCAAAUGCAAAAGAGCCUCAUGAUGGCGACCAGCACGCCGAUCGAGUCCUCCCGCAUCGCGCCCUACAUCAACGUCAGCGCGACUCCCCCUCCACCACCACCAGCACAAGCAACCAGGCACCCGUCGGAACGCUUGUUCCUGCCGCCGCAUUCCGCCGCCGCCACAGUUGCCGUCAGUGGGGCGGCAGGUGCCAGAGGAGGCGGCGGAACGGCCGCUGCUGCUGCAGCCGCCGCGGCCGCAGCGGCAACCUUCCUUCCCUACGCCGCCGACCCCACGGGACUGCUCGCCGCCGCCCAUCACUACUCGGCCGUUGCUGCAGCAGCGGCUGCUGCCGUCGCGUCGGGCCACGCUCCACCGCCACCACCCGUGCCUCCCCCGCCCUCUUCGGCCGCGGCGGCAGCCGCUGCAGCGAGCCUGCUGUUCUACCCGGCGCACAUGCCAUUUCCUGGUGGCUUGACCACGGCGCUAAUGGCGGCCGAGAGACUCACGACCAAGAACUCGAGCAUCGCCGACUUGCGACUGAAGGCUCAGAAACACGCGGCUGCUCUGGGCCUGUGA